AUGAAAAGUGAACAAAUAAAUUAUUGUAUUCCCAAAGAAGAUGAAAUAAAUAGUUUUUUAGACAAUGUCGAUACAGUUACCUUAAAAAUUAAAAAUUUAUUAGAAGGAAAAAUAAGUUUAGAAGAAAUUGAAAAAGAAGAAAAUAGAAUAAAACUUGAAAAAAGAGCUAAAGAAAUAAAAUUAGAAGAAAAAAAAGAAAAAGAAAAAGAAAAUUUUAUAAUGGGGAAAAAAGGAGGAGGUGAUAAAGAUAAUUAUUUAUAUUUUUGUAAAUCGUGUUUAAUUGAAUUUAAUUAUAAAUUAAAUUUUUGUAAAAGAUGUAACAAUGCUGUUAUAAGUAAAGAGGAAAGGAAAAAAGAAUUAUUUGAUAAAGUUGAAAAUUACAAACUUUUAAAAAAUAAAAGAAAUGAAAGAAGAGGAAUAUGGAAUAAAUAUUUAAAUUCAUGUAAAAAUAAAAAUAAUAAACAAAUUACAAAUUAUGAAAAAUGGAAUUAUUAUGAACCAAGUACUGACACAUUUGAUGAAGAUGAAAAAGUAUUAUGUUUGCCAAAACAUGAUUCCAAUUUUCAAAUUUUAGAAAAAAAAAUUGAUGAGGAUAUUAAAAAAAGAAAAGAAAAUAAACAAAUAGCAAAUCGUAUAAAAUUAAAUGGAAAUAAAUAUUUUAAAGAAAAAAAAUAUUCACAAGCUAUUGAAUGUUAUAAUAAUGUAAUUGAUAUAUGUAAAGAUUAUUUAGAGGCUUAUAAUAAUUUAGCUUUAUGUUAUAUUAAGACAUAUAGAUAUGAACAAGCCAUAGAAAAUUGUAAUCAUAUUAUUGAUUAUUAUAAUGUGUUUAAUUCAAGUUUUUCUAUAAAUAAAGAUAUUUUAUUUAAAGCAUAUUUUAGAAAAGGUUUUUCAUUUUACAAAUUAUUAUUAUUUGACAAAGCAUUAAACAAUUUUAAUUUGGCAAUCACAUUUAAUAAUUCUGAUAUUGAAAUAUUGGAAUUAAUAAAUAAAUGUAAGCUUAUAGUUCUUGAUCAAACAAAAUAUAUUAAUAUUAAUUCAGAUCCUGAAUGUGUAAUUAGUUUUGGUAAUAUUGAAGAUAUAUUUAUAAAACUCGAAAAUGUAGAUAUAAUAAAAAAUUAUGAAUUAUUUUUAAAAGAAUUAAAGAAUGUUAAACAAAUUAUAAAAAAAAAUGAACUCGAGAGAUUAAAGCUUUGUUCAUAUAUAUACAAAAAGAAAAAUAAUGAAAAAUAUGUUUUAACAUAUAAAACAAAAAAUAUUUAUAGAGGAAUUACUUUUUUAUUAUAUAUUUCUGAAUGCCUUAAUAAAAUCAUGAUUUAUAUAAAUCAACAAUUUGGAAUUAAUAUUUUAUCCAAAAAUUUGAUAUUAUAUGAAGAAAAGGGAUCUAAAAGUAUUGAUAUGAAUAGAAAUAAUAACAAAACAAUAAAAUACAUGUCUAAAAAUUUAAUAAAAUGUUGUAGCAAAUUAAUUGAUAUAAUAAUGAUUGUGUUAAAUAAUAAUUAUUAUUAUUCUGAUUUUUGUAUUGAAUGUAUAAAACCUAUUUUAACUUUUUAUUUUAUAAGAAAUAAAUUUGAUAAAGUAAAAUGCACAUAUUUUUUACAUUCUAUUUCAAGAAAUGUUAAUGCAAGGAAAUAUUUUGAUGAGCAUAUUUUUCAAAUUAAUGAUAUUGCAUUGGAAAAUUUUUUAAUUCUUAUAAAUAAUUAUAUAAAAAAAGAAUUAGAAAUAUAUGAUGAAGCACGAAUGAAACAGUACGAAUAUAUAAGAAAUAAAAUAAUUGAAUCGGGGAAAAUAUUUAAAUUUGAUAUUAACAAGGAAUAUAUAAUUAGCCCUCAAAAUUGUAAAAUCUUUAGAAAAAAUGAAAAACUUGAAAAAAAAAUAAUAAAUAUGUGUAAAGAAAAAUAUGAAAUUGUAAACUUAUUUGGUAUUCUAUCAAAUUUGACACUUAUUCCUAAUAUAUUAAAUAUUAUAGAAAAAAAGUUUGUAAACUAUAUAUUAAAUAUAACUAUUUAUAUUAUCGAAUUAUUUUAUUAUUCUGAAAAAAAUAUUAACAUAUAUUAUUUAUCUUUUUUUAUUAGUAUAUUACAAAAUAAAAAAAUUCGAUUAUUUUUUAUUAACACAAUUUUUGAUGAUAUAUUAUAUUUUAUUUCAAAUUUAGAAAAUAUAGAUAUUCUUAAAAGUAUAUUAACUAUUAUAUUAAAUCUAACAGUGGGAUGGAAUGAAGAACUUGCUAUUUCUACAACUAGCCAAAAUAAACAUAUUUUAAAAAAAAAAAUAAGCCAAAAUAGUUUCAAAAAAAUUAUUAUUUUAAUUAAUUCAGAUAAUAAAGAUAUUAGAGAUACAGCUUUUUUACUUUUGUCUCGAUUUUAUUUAUAUUCGUAUUUUGGUCAUAUUUCAAUAGAAGGGGUUUACACUAACAAUAAAAUAAAUAUAUUAGAAGAUGAAAAAUUCCAAUUAAGAGGGAAAUUAUUAAGAAAUAAAAUAUUAAAAGAACAUGAAAUAGCAUUAAAACUUGAUGAUAAUACAUUGUCUAUUUUUAUAAAUAGAAUAUAUUCUUUAUUUAAAAAUAAAAUAUAUUUAGAAAAAGCUUGCAUAAACUUUGUAAGCAAUUUAUCAAAAUAUACUAAUUUUAUAAAUAUUUGUUUAUUAACAAAAAAUAAAAAUAAUAAUAUAGUAUAUACUUAUUUUUAUAAUAUUUUAGAAUAUAUUAAUUAUGUAUAUUCUGAAAAUUGGAAAAAUAAUAAAUAUAAUAUGGAAAAAGAUAUGUCUAUUAUUUUUAAUAGUACUCUUAUUUUUUUCAUACAAUUAUUAAAAUAUUUUUUUAUUACAAAUAUGUCCAAUAAAUAUGAAGAUAUUAUCAAAAUUAUAAAAAAUAAUGUUCCAUAUAUAGUUACCAAAAUCGAUAAUGUAGAAAAAAAAAUAAAUAAAAACAUUUCUAUUUUUCUUUCCUAUUGUUUUCUAACCCCCGAAUUAAAAUCAGAAAUUAUGAAAGCAUACUGUAAUGAUACAAAUCAAAUAUAUCGUACCCUAAUUGGUUAG